ACCCCCAUUGAUUGCUGUUUGUGGUUGCAGUACAACAGAAAGAAAGUAUCUGCGAUUACUUUGAUAACAAGUUUUUUUUUUUAGCUGCGGACGAUAGCUUCGACGCCUAACUUGCGUUGGCUAAAAGACAAAUAAUGGUCGCCCACACCUCCGUGAAGAGUUACCGUUGACACCAGAGCCUGGGUAGAUGUCCGCUUAACUCGCCCAAAUGGAAAUGGUGCCCAGCGAAGAAAACCAGCUCGUACCCAGAGAGAUAGAGAGCGCUGCUGAGGAACCUCGAGUGCUGUGUAUCGUCCAGGACACCACCAAUGCCAAGACAGUCAACGAGAGGCUCACCCUCAACCUCCCGGCGUCCACGUCGCUGGCCAAGCUCUACAAAGAUGUCGCUCACAAGGCUGGUUAUGUGAAUGGCACCUUUGAACUGGCAUGGGGCAAUGUGGUGGAAAUGGCUCCUCUGGACCAGGCCAGUGAAAUGUCUCUGGUGGAGUCUGGGUUUGAUGCAGGAAAGAGGAACUUCCUGCAACUCACAGACAAGGAUGGCGAGCAGCCUCAGAUAGCUUCUGAUGAGUCAGGCACAGCAGACAGCAGUGGGCUGGAUGACAGCUCCCAAGAUCGCUUCAUUGGGCCUUUACCCCGGGACGGUACGGUGGGCUGCAGCAGCGAUUACAGCAGCCCCAGCUACUCCUACUCCUCCAUUCUCAACAAGUCCGAGACAGGCUAUGUGGGGUUGGUCAAUCAGGCCAUGACCUGUUACCUGAACAGCUUACUGCAGACCCUGUUCAUGACGCCAGAGUUUAGAAAUGCGCUCUACAAUUGGGAGUUUGAGGAGUCUGAUGAGGACCCAGUCACCAGCAUCCCAUACCAGCUGCAGAGGCUGUUUGUGCUGCUGCAGACCAGUAAGAAGCGUGCUAUCGAGACCACAGACGUGACACGCAGCUUUGGAUGGGACAGCAGUGAGGCCUGGCAGCAGCAUGAUGUCCAGGAACUUUGCCGGGUCAUGUUUGAUGCCUUGGAGCAGAAGUGGAAGCAAACAGAGCAGGCUGACCUUAUAAACCAGCUGUACCAGGGCAAGCUCAAGGACUAUGUGCGCUGUCUGGAGUGCGGCUACGAGAGCUGGCGCAUCGACACGUACCUGGACAUCCCUCUGGUCAUCAGGCCCUUCGGAGCCAGCCAGGCGUUUGGCAGUGUGGAGGAGGCGCUACAGGCGUUCAUCCAACCCGAGACUCUGGACGGGCCCAACCAGUAUUUCUGUGAGCGCUGCAAAAAGAAAUGUGAUGCUCGUAAAGGCCUGAGGUUCCUGCACUUCCCCUAUCUGCUAACCCUGCAGCUGAAGCGGUUCGACUUCGACUACACCACUAUGCACCGCAUCAAGCUCAAUGACCGCAUGACUUUCCCCGAGGAGCUCGACAUGAGCCCCUUCAUGGACCUCGAGGAUGAGAAGUCUCCUCAGACGGAGAGCUGCACAGACAGCGGUGCGGAAAAUGAAGGCAGCUGCCACAGCGACCAGAUGAGCAAUGACUUCUCCACGGACGACGGCGUGGAUGAAGGCAUCUGCCUGGACAGCGCCAGUGCCGCCGAGCGGGUCCUGAAGCCGAAGAGCUCAUUGACCUUUGAGCUGUUUUCGGUGAUGGUACAUUCUGGGAGUGCCGCAGGUGGACACUACUAUGCCUGCAUCAAGUCAUUCUGCGAUGGCCAGUGGUACAGCUUCAACGAUCAGCAUGUCAGCAAGAUCACACAGGAUGACAUCAGAAAGACAUAUGGCGGGACCUCAGGGAGCAGAGGCUAUUACUCCAGUGCCUUUGCGAGCUCCACAAAUGCGUACAUGCUCAUAUACAGACUGAAAGAUCCCUCGAGGAAUGCAAAAUGCCUCGAUGUGGAGGACUUCCCAGAGCACAUAAAGCGCCUCGUCCAGAGAGAGAAGGAGUCCGAGGAGCAGGAGAAGAGACAGAGAGAGAUCGAACGCAACACGUGCAAGAUCAAGCUUUUCUGCAUGCAUCCCAUCAAGAUGAUGAUGAUGGAAAGCAAGCUUGAGGUUCACAAGGACAGAACGCUAAGAGAGGCCACAGAAACUGCAUACAAGCUGAUGGAUCUUGAGGGCGUCGUCCCGCUGGACUGCUGCCGCUUGGUGAAGUAUGAUGAGUUCCACGAGUACCUGGAGCGCUCGUACGAGGGCGAGGAGGACAUGCCCAUGGGGCUGCUGCUCGGCGGCGUCAAGUCCUCUUACAUGUUCGACCUGCUGCUGGAGUCCCGCAGGCCCGACCAGCUGUUCCAGCCGUACAAACCUGGAGAGGUGAUGGUGAAGGUCCACGUGGUGGAUCUGAAGAGCGAGACCAUCGCUGCUCCGGUCACCGUCAGGGCGUACCUGAACCAGACCAUUACAGAGUUCAAGCAACUCAUUGCACAGGCCUCAGGGCUGUCUGCUGAAACCAUGCGUGUCGUCCUAGAGCGCUGCUAUAAUGACCUCCGGCUUCUCUACGUGCCCAACAAGACACUGAAAGCAGAGGGUUUCUUCAGGAGUAAUAAGGUUUUUGUGGAGAGCUCAGACUCUGCAGACCACCAAGUCAUGUUUACCGACUCCCUCUUGUGGAAGCUCCUGGAUCGCCAUGGCAACACGAUCAGACUGUUUGUGUCGCUCCCCGAGCAGUUGCCUGGCCCUCAGGCCCAUAGAACUAGUUUCCCCAAGGUGAGCGGUGACUCGGAGGACUCGUUCGAAGGGGCCAAGGGCACAGGGCAGUCUGUGGAGGCCAUCCUGGAGGAGAGCACGGAGAAGCUGAAGAACCUGUCCCUGCAGCAGCAGCACACCUCCAGCACCAGCGACAGCCAGAAGAGCUCUGACCACAGCGACUUUGAGCACAUCGAGUUCCCAGCACCCGAGCCUGCUCAGGAGGCCGGUCGGCUGGAGUGCUGCGGCCAGCCGGCCGGAGCUGCCACCGACCCAGAGAAUCAGUUCGCCUCGGAGGAGCGCUCCGACUCGGAUGCCAACAACGACCGCAGUACGAGCUCGGUGGAUUCGGACAUCCUGAGCUCCAGCCACAGCAGCGACACGCUGUGCAACGCCGACAGCGCGCCCCUGCCUCUGGCCAACGGCCUCGACUCGCACAGCAUCACCAGCAGCCGCCGCUCCAAGGCCCACGAGGGCAAGAAGGAGACGUGGGACACGGCAGAGGAGGACUCAGGCACCGACAGCGAGUACGAUGAGAAUGGCAAGAACAAAGGGGAGGGGCAGUACCUGUAUUUCAGGGCGGAGCCUUUCUCACAGGAGGACACCUCCGGGGACGGCCAUAAAUGCUUACUCGUCCACGUCGAUAAGAGAAUCACACUGGCAGCGUUCAAGCAGAACCUGGAGCCGUUUGUUGGCGUCGCCGCCACGCAGUUCAAGGUCUUCCGAGUCUACGCCAACAACCAGGAGUUUGAGAGCGUGCGCCUCAACGAGACGCUCUCCUCUUUCUCGGAUGACAACAAGAUCACCAUUCGGUUAGGAAGAGCACUGAAGAAAGGGGAAUACAGGGUGAAGGUGUACCAGCUGCUAGUCAAUGACCCAGAGCCCUGCAAGUUCCUGCUGGACACUGUGUUUGCCAAGGGCAUGACUGUGAGGCAGUCCAAGGAGGAGUUACUGCCCCAGCUUCGAGACCAGUGCAAGCUGGACCUCACCAUAGACAGGUUUCGACUCAGGAAGAAGACCUGGAAAAACCCAGGCACAGUGUUUCUGGACUAUCAUGUCUAUGAGGAGGAUAUCAAUAUCUCCAGUAACUGGGAAGUCUUCCUCGAAGUCCUUGAAGAACCGGAGCGGAUGAAGUCCAUGUCCCAGCUAGCGGUGCUGACACGGCGCUGGCGUCCACAGCAGAUGAAGCUGGAGCCAUUCCACGAGGUGAUGCUAGAGAGCAGCAGCGUGGAGGAGCUCAAAGAAAAGCUUAGUGAAAUGAGUGGAAUUCCUCUCGAGAACUUGGAGUUUGCCAAGGGACGAGGAACGUUUCCAUGCGACAUAUCUGUGUUGGAGAUCCAUCAGGAUUUGGACUGGAAUCCUAAAGUUUCAACGCUCAAUGUCUGGCCCCUGUACAUCUGCGAUGAUGGUGCGGUAGUCUUCUACAGGGACAGCACUGAGGAACCCAUGGAACUUUCUGAAGAGGAGCGCAACGAUCUGAUGAAGAAGGAGAGCAGCCGGCUCCUGAAGACGGGCCAUCGGGUCAGCUACUCACCCCGCAAAGAGAAAGCCCUCAAGAUCUACCUGGACGGGGGCCCUAGUAAAGACCCAGGCCAGGACUGAGGGCGGGCCCUGACCGUCCUGAUCACAAAUAUAUUUUUAAUAGCUGGCCUGCCCACUGCAGUGUAGCGCUGCCUCGCCGGGGACACUUGUCUGGCGCUAGGGCCUCAACGUCAAAUCCACCGCCACCAGUGCUGUAUGGCUGACGCCUUCUCCUCUUGAGCUCUGAAGGGGGUGGUGUUGCAAGGCUCAGAAUACUAUUGUGCACUAUAGUUUAUUGUACUGUAAAGUUUAAAGGGAAGUGCAAAAGCUAUUUCAAAGGAGAAGAAAUCCGAAUAUCAUUCAGACAAAUCAAUCUUACAUGACCUUGCGGAGAUGGAUGCACUUGUCGAAUAGAGGACUCUGUUUGGGAGUGACUGGUAACUCUUUCUCUGGCCUGUCUCUAUCUUCAAUUUAGAAAUUUUUUUGGGGGCGGGGGCUCUAUUACUGUGUCUCCUUCAUUUAUUCGGAGUGGCGAUUUGAGUCCAUGUUAUGCGUACAUGUCCAUGAUCCAGGCUCAUUUCAAGAAAUGCUCAUUUCCCACAGCGACCACAAGGAUGAACACAUUCACUUUCAUGUUUGAGAUUCUCCACUGUCUCAGCCUGUAGUCUUAUUGUUCUGAUUUAAAAUACCUAAGGUCUCUCUUGAUCAAUUAACAAAAACAGUAAAUAGGUGUGAAUUAAAUGCUUAUUUUUCUGGCUGAUUGAGGCUCUGUCCUCCCUUUCCCAGAGUGCUUCCCUGCAUGUGUGGGUGUGACGGUGGCCACACCCAAGCUCCGCCCAAUGCAGAGGGAGCUCCGCCCUGCUCCCUUCACAACUAUUUUAGGGCUACUGACACUGGUACUUUUUUUUUUUUUUUUUUUUUUUUUUUUUUUGUCCGCAAUCCUGUAAGACUAGGGCAAUACAAAUCAAGUAGAGUGCUACCUUUACCUCUUUCUUUUUUUUUGUUUUUGUUUUGUUUUUCUUGUAAAUUAUUUUCAGCCCAGACUUGAUGUUGGGUCUUGUGAGUGACUUCUGGUGCACAUUUUAAUGUCUUUUUUUUGUUUUUGUUUUGCUGAAUACCUAGUCUUUUGGGUUUUCUUUCACCCGUUUUUAUUUCUGCACAAUGUGAACAGAGCCUAGUUUGGUUCAGGCCUUGCCUGUGCGUGUGUGGAGAUGUGACGAGCUGCUGUUUUGCGUAGCCUUAGAGCGGAUGCUCUAGAGCCGCACUGAAGGAGCAGCAGUCAAGGCCACAGCACCACCGAGUGGGGCCGAACUGCCGUGGGUCCCCCAGGGCUCCUAAUGCCACAACGCUGUUCACCGUAGACAUGCCAAUAUGGAAAUAAAAAAAUAAUCCAUUUCUGUC